UGCAUGCUGCCUCGGUGGCAAUUUCUUUCCCAGAUCGUUACAAUACACUACGGGAGCCCAGCAGGAGCAAUACAGACCAAAAGCGCGUGUCACAGUACAUUACAGCACCAUUUUGGCAAAAGCACUGUACAAGCUAACUACAGAAUAGUGCUUCCGCCUCAGUGGUAUACAUGUAAUGCAGUAGAUGGCAGUAAUGCACUAUUUACGAAUGUUGCUCCUCUCCCAAGUUUAAAUGGGAAGGAAGGCCCCAUUCCACGUGGUCUUUUUGUUUGUAAUAUAACUGAUGCGGAACAGUCCGUGUUUGGCGCUGUUAUUUUCACGAGUAGAGAGAAGGAUAUGUCAGACCAAGGAAAUAUAGAGGAGGACGAAUACCCAACAGAAAUCCAUGAAUUCCUUUCGGACUUUGAAUGUUCCUUGUACACAGUUGAUGAAAUGAUAAAUACGAUGAUAUCUGUGUCCAGAGGAGAGCUUCUUUGCAAACUGGAUCCUCUUGAGCAAGCUAAACUUGAUCUAAUGUCAGCAUAUUCUUUAAACUCUUUGUUUUGGAUUUACCUGGUAACACAAGGAGUUAACCCCAAGGAGCAUGCAGUCAAACAAGAGCUAGAAAGAAUACGAACUUACAUGAAUAAAAUUAAGGAAAUUGGUGACAAGAAAAAAGCUGCUAAACUGGACAAAUCAGCCGCAUCGAGGUUCUUGAGAAAUGCUUUGUGGGAACCAAACUGUGGUGAAUCAAAACAAUUACCUGACCAUUCAAAGUCAACUUGUAAAAUUAAAAAAAAGAAGUGAAAAGAACUUGAAAGGUAUUUUAAAAAUAUAUCUCUAAAAAAUUCUAAAACCUUACGGAAUGUAUAUUUAAUGUGUUCAUUUUAUAUGUAAAGGUAGAUCACAGCUGAUUUGAUUUCAGCAUUUAGUUUUGUUAUUUAAGUAUUUAACUGUAUUUGAAGAUUUCAAGCACAUUUAUCAGCCUCUUCAGCAAUGCAUUAUGUGAAAUGUUUUUGCAUUUAAUGUGAACAUAUUUUAAUAUGAAUCAAUUAUGGCAAAUGUAAUUCUCGUAUUCAGAACUGAAAAUGCAGUUAUCACAUUUAAAGCAAUUUUUCUUGUACAAAUAUUGUAAAUCAUUUCUUGAGAUUCAUAUUUUGGAAAAUUAAUAAAAAAUGAAAAAUAAAGCCUA